AUGGACAUCACCCCGGAGGAUAUGCAGCACAAUAUGAUGCAGCCAUCAACAGCCAGCUUUCUCCCGACGCCCACCUCUGGUCCCGCGCUCUCCCCAUUCAACCUUGGCCUGCCUACCGACACGGCUGCGAAUGACUAUUGGAACACAAGCCCCUGCAAUUGCUACGUACUAAAUCAGUCGUUUGUCAACCGUAUCGACGCUAUUGUCAAGGAGCCAGCCGCAUUCGCCCUCGAUACAGUUCUGUGCUCUCUGCAGGAUGUAGCCGCACACAUCGCCAGCUAUUUUAACUGUCCUCACUGUGGUACUAGCUGUCCCUGCCUGAUGAAUUUGGCCAUGCUUCACCAGCGCCAGGUGGCGUUGAUGUGUGUCAUUGCAAAGAACCCGUCCGCAUUCAUCGGCGGACCCGCUAGUGACAACCUCCACUUCACUCUUGGACUCUACCAGCUGCCAGAGCAAGAUAAUGUGAUGUUUAAACGUCUAGUCAUUCUCUCCGCGGCACGCAACAUUGACCAACUCGUUACCAACUUCGACGACUCUAUCCGGGCCCAUCAGGACUUAGAAUUCACGGGCAGCGUUGUCUCGGAGACUGAGUCUGCAAAGCUGAAUCUAAGGUGGCUAUUAGACGUCUCAAGAAAUCUCAAGAGUAGACUAAAGGCUAUUUUUUAUAUCCUCAAAAAGCCCGAGUGGGCGGCAUACUAG